AUGACUGCAGCAGCUUCAGCAGAAAUCGCAAGAACUGUUGUCGGCAUCUUAGGAAACAUAAUUUCUGCCUUCCUGUUCUUGUCCCCAGUACCAACUUUUGUCGCUAUAUGGAAGAGAGGUUCGGUGGAGCAGUAUUCUCCUGCGCCAUACCUAGCGACGUUAGCGAACUGCAUGGUUUGGACCCUCUACGGGCUACCUAUGGUGCACCCACACAGCCUGCUGGUCGUGACCAUCAACGGCUCAGGUUGCGUGAUCGAGAUCAUCUACGUCACCCUUUUCUUGAUGUACUGCGAACGCAGCAAGAGGCUCAAGGUUUUCAUGUGGCUCAUGGUGGAACUCAUUUUCAUUACGGUUCUCUCCCUCAUCACGUUAACCCUGCUUCACAACCUCAACAGACGCUCUCAGCUUGUCGGAUCCACAUGCAUUGUCUUCAACAUUUUGAUGUAUGCUUCCCCCUUGGCCGUUAUGAAACUGGUGGUCAAGACCAAAAGCGUUGAAUACAUGCCCCUUUCCAUCUCUCUGGCGUCCUUUGGGAACGGUGUGGCUUGGACCACUUAUGCUCUCAUUCGUUUCGAUCCAUUCAUGACUGUACCAAAUGGACUUGGCACAUUGCUAUCGGCGGCGCAGCUUAUUCUCUAUGCUACGUAUUAUAAGUCAACCAAGCAGCAAUUAGCAGCAAGGAAAGCCAACGGGGAGGUGAACCUUUCACAGGUGGAGGUUCGUGAUGGCGGCCAAGAAUCCAAGCCUAAUUAUUCAUCGUGA